UUAGAGAGGAAGCCCACUGCAGGCUUCAGUAUUUGGAAGAGUAUGGCUAUGAUAUGAAGAACAGUCAGAGGAACUGCAAAACAAGGUUUUGUAGAAUUAAAAAGAAGGGCAGGGUGGCUUAGUAUCAGCUGGGUGGUAGUUCAGAAGGAGGAGAGGUGGAUCAGUCCCAAGCAGACUGCUCUAUUCAAGGCAGUUUGUCCCUCCUCGAGGCAGCCGGCAGCCACAGGCCACCAUGACGGAGUGGACUCUGCUCAAACGUCUCCUGGAUGCUGUCCACCAGCAUUCCACCAUGAUCGGACGUCUGUGGCUCACGGUCAUGGUCAUCUUCCGGCUGCUCAUUGUCGCUGUGGCAACCGAGGACGUGUACACCGACGAGCAGGAGAUGUUUGUGUGCAACACGCUACAGCCGGGAUGUUCCACCGUCUGCUACGACGCAUUCGCUCCCAUCUCACAACCUCGCUUCUGGGUCUUCCACAUCAUCAGUGUCUCCACGCCAUCGCUUUGUUUCAUCAUCUACACGUGGCACAACCUGUCCAAGCUGCCGCAUAACGCUGCCCUGAGACUGGGGCAAGGACCUGGGGAAAUCUCAGGGCAGGGAGGCCGAGACGUACGGCAAGACGGCGGACAAGAAGCAUACAAUCAGAGCUGUGACUCUGACAGCUGCUCCAUCCACUCCCAUAAGCAUCUAGGCCACAGCCUGGCAGAUGUGAUGGACCAAAGCCUCCAGAGAAGAGACACCAACAACAUAGUGUCCUUCAGCCAGACCCGAGCCUGCGCCUUCAGGGAGGGAAAUACAGAGGGUCACAUAGUCUCUGGAGGGGUCCUGUCCAAAUGUUAUGUCUUCCAUGUGUGUUUACGGGCUAUCCUUGAGGUGGGGUUUGUCUUGGCUCAAUGGAAAUUGUUCGGCUUCCAGGUGCCCGUCCAUUUCUUAUGUACCUCGUACCCCUGCAGCCAGCCAGUGGACUGCUACAUCUCCAGACCCACAGAGAAGACCAUAUUCCUUCUCUUCAUGUUUUGUGUGGGAGUUUUUUGCAUACUGCUUAACCUGCUAGAGCUUAACCACCUGGGCUGGAAGAAGAUCCGUCAGGUGGUGAAGCUGAGAGAGAGAGUGUCCUGGGGAGGCUGUCCAGGUCUGGAGGGGGGCUAUGAAACCUUCCCUCCAGACAGCCCCUCUCUCAUAUCUUCUCUUGGCUUCAGGGAAGUGACCAGCACCACAUCACUGCCCACUUUUGACUUGGUGGUCGGUCACCAGCCUGACUGGAGCUGUACUAUGAAAUGUGCCAAGAUGAGGGAGCCUGAGGACGCCAGAAAGACUAGACAGGAGCAAUCAAAGAGACUGGAGACCCACAAAGGAGAGAGGCAGCCUUUGAAGAGUAAGAGGGAGAUCAGAGGGUCCAAGCAGAGGAGCAUUGAGGUCUGGAUAUAGCCUACCAUUAUAGAAAAGCAUCUUACUGCCUUUUAUCUUGACCCAUGAAUUUCAAUUCAGAAUUUCUAGAGUACACAGAAAUUGAUUCACCCAAAAUAAUAAUAAUAAAAAUAAUAACGGUCUUAGUCAGCCUUAAAGGACCUCAACAGGAAGUAAAAAUAAUCAUCGCAUAUGAGUGACAAAUGAAAACUCCACUGAAGGAGAUUAACUGAACCGCUCAAAUAUGUGACUUAAGUUUGAAACCUCUGUGUAGAAAAACAGCAGUACUCUGUUAUUUUGUUGUUACUUUGUGAUUCUGGUGAAUAAAUCUUGUAUUUUAACACAAACGACUUAAAAUCAU